AUGCUACUCUGGCUAUCCCUCGCGCUUGUCUUGACAACUAGCGUUGCUGCGUUUGCUGGCCCUUCUCAAGAAUCCAAAGAGCCAAGUGAUGCACCAGCUCAGUGCCGGGCACGUGCCUGGGUGAGAGCACCUGAUAUGGUUCCCGGCGAUGUUAUCGCAGGCGACGUCAUGGUUAAACUCAGUGGACCAUGUACUGAUGUCGAGAGCUAUGCGCUUGGCUUGCGCUACAAGGAAAAGGUCUUCUGGAAGUUGAGACGGGAAGAUGCGCCGAUUCCGAAAAGGCCAACAGUCAAGUAUAAUUCUACGUUGAACCGUGAUUUGUUUCAAGUCAGGGGGCCUUCCCAGGCCUCCAGGAAUUCAGAGUACAAUGAAACAGAAUGGAGGGUAUACGAGAACUCUAUUCAGAAUAAGGACUUAUGGUCUGUGCAUGAAGAAGAACGGAUUGCCUUUGAGACCAAGACUCCUCUGGUCGCAGAGAGGAUAGAUCCAUUGUCAAGAAGCUUCACGACCCGAUUCGGAAUUUUGGUACCAAAUACAAACUACCCUCCAGGAUUAGACUGUCGUCAAAGUGGAUUUUUUCACGGGCCGGAGAUCGAUACAAUAUCUGGCGAAUCGAUUUAUGACUACUUUGUCGAAAUCAUAUUUAAGAAUGGCACCACUUCAGAUAUACAUGCGGGAAUAACAGCCUUCAUCCCGUUCGAUAUCUCGACCGAGAACAAAGCACCCAGUGUUAACGUAUCUCUGGCACCCGGAUACCGCGGUCCUAACAUGAAGCCAUCAGUGGACAGGCUGCGGAGCAACUACACGAUUGAAGUAUCUUUUCCUGAAGGAGCUCACGUUUAUCAAAGAUAUACGAAUCGGACAGACAUUCCUGUACAGCUGUGUGCGUUUUCGGGGAGUGCCAUUGAAUGGCAUUCUCAGGAACUCCAGAACCGAUCACAGCCAUACACAUUGUUCACAAAGGCGUUGGUCCCUUCCGUGCAGUAUUCGCAAUCAUUUCAAUUCUUCCCUCCGCUCUUCCAUUCUCCAUGCAGAGAGGUCAAUUUUACGGCUCCUCUUGCCAACUUGACUCACGAAAGCCACAUUUUUUCCGCGUCCUCCGAACCGAUUUCAUUAUCCCUCAAUGUGGGUCGCGAUGCUGUUCCUGACUUUUCAACGUACUAUCAGAAGCUGGGACAUCGUGUCAAACUGAGUCUCAACAUCAAGCCUGAUCCAACGGAGCCAUUGGAUGAAAUCGAGAAGAUGCAAUGGGAGAGGCAGCUUGCGGACGUGGAUGAAACCGAUUUUGACUGGGUGCCCUGGAUACCAUUCACGCAGACUCGUCGCCGAUCCCUUGAAGGCGACGCCCAUAUGCCAGUCAUUCCAACGCAGAAGCAAGAACCUGUGCAAUCGACGCUAGUCCACUACCUGUCUGACAAAGCUCGCCAGCCAGUAAUAGUCGAUUGGUCAGACAUCGCUGACCUUCGUUUGAUGUCGCCCGAGGAACGCGAUCUCAUUGCCCCACUUGCGCAGCCGUCCAUCAAGGUGUUUCCCAAGGGAGAAGAACUUCUCCGCAGAUACUUCACUGGAACUGACAUGCAGCGGCCGAUAUACGUUGGAGACACCUGGGUUAAGAAAGUAUUGCCGAUGGUUGCUGAAGGGCAGCGCGAGAGAGAUACUACGGACCGCUUGCUUGUUGUGCAGUGAUGACGGUCAUCAGUUGGUGUACU